AUGACCCUUCAGAAGUUAACCGCCCAAGAACAGACCGACGCCCUCGCCAAGCUCUCGGCCUGGUCCCUCGUCGACGGCCGCGAGGCCAUCAAGCGCACUCUUCAAUUCAAGGACUUCAACGAGGCCUUUGGGUUCAUGACCCGCGUUGCCCUCUAUGCUGAUAAGCAUGACCACCACCCCGAGUGGUUCAACGUCUACAACCGUGUCGAGGUCACCUUGGCCACCCACGACGUUCAGGGAUUGUCUAUCCGUGAUGUCAAGCUUGCUCAGUUCAUUGACGAGAUCUCCAAGCAAUAA